UCAGUCUCCUGCGGAGAGAGAGAGAGAGAGAGAGCAACAGAAACAGAAGGAGUUCUCGGGGUGUGUGGAGUGAGAUGAGAACCAACCGGCCUUUCCCAUAUCUCACAAAAUUCCCGAUUCUUCUUCUUCUUCUUCUUCUUCUUCUUCGUCUUCCUACGAUGCCUUUUGCAAGGCCGCCAUCCUCAUCAUUUACUUAAUGUUGUUCUUCUCCUUCUUCUUCUUUGAGGUUUCUGUGUUCUUUGCUUUGGUGUCCGGUUUAGGUCGUUGUGAUGAUUCGUUUAGGGUUUAAAUCCGUGGUCUAUCACGGCGAUGUGUGUUUGGGAGAACUGGAUGCUAUCCCCGUUGUUAAGGACCAGAAUUUCCAGUUCCCAAACAACGAGAUUCGAAUUCACCACUUGUCGCCGGUUAGCGAGCGUUGUCCGCCUCUUUCUAUCCUUCAAACAAUUUCUUCCUUCUCGGUUCGAUGCAAGCUCGAGUCUGCUUUGCCUGUUGAACAGUCGCAUUUGAUCAAUCUCCACGCCUCUUGCUUCUACGAACUCAAGACGGCUGUCGUGUUGCUUGGAAAUGAAGAGAUUCAUCUGGUGGCAAUGCCGAGUAAGCAGAAGAAGUUCCCUUGUUUUUGGUGCUAUUCGGCACGAAGAAGUCUUUAUGAUUCUUGCUUAGGAAUGCUUAAUUUGCGUUGUCUUGCGAUUGUGUUCGAUCUCGAUGAAACUCUUAUUGUUGCAAACACAAUGAAGUCGUUCGAGGAUAGAAUAGAAGCCCUCAAAGGUUGGAUUGCACGUGAAACAGAUCCUAUUCGAAUGUCUGGAAUGACCGCUGAGCUGAAACGGUAUGUGGAUGAUCGGGUGCUAUUGAAGCAGUACACAGAGAGUGAUUUUGUUGUGGAUAAUGGAAAAAUUUAUCAGGUCCAACAAGAGGAAGUCCCUCUGAUAUCUGAUACCCAUGAGCGAGUUGUUCGCCCUGUUAUAAGAUUGCAAGAAAAGAAUAUCGUUUUUACUCGAAUUAAUCCCGAGAUUCGUGACACUAGUGUGCUUGUGAGGCUACGACCAGCUUGGGAGGAUUUGAGAAGUUACCUAACUGCAAAGGGGCGCAAACGAUUUGAAGUUUAUGUUUGUACCAUGGCUGAAAGAGACUAUGCUUUAGAGAUGUGGAGGCUUCUUGACCCGGAGGCGCACCUGAUAGGUUCAAAGCAACUCUUGAACCGUGUAGUAUGUGUUAAAUCAGGCGCUAGGAAAUCUUUGCUAAAUGUCUUCCAAGAUGGCAUUUGCCAUCCAAAGAUGGCAAUGGUGAUUGAUGACCGUCAGAAGGUUUGGGAAGAGAAGGAUCAACCUCGAGUUCAUGUAGUACCUGCAUUUACUCCUUAUUAUGCUCCUCAGGCCGAGACAGCAAAUGCCGUGCCAGUUCUUUGUGUUGCUAGAAAUGUUGCAUGCAAUGUCAGAGGUGGUUUCUUCAAAGAGUUUGAUGAGAGCUUAUUACGAAGAAUUUUCGAACUCUUCUAUGAGGAUGAGGUGGUGAGUUUACCUCCUGCACCUGAUGUGAGCAACUACUUAAUGUCAGAGGAUGCUGCUUUUGUGCCAAAUGGGAAUACGAAUGCUCCCUUCUCUGAGGGAAUAAGUGGUCCUGAAGUUGAACGGAGAUUGAACCACCAAACGGAUGAGAAGAAUAUUGUGGAUUCUGCAACUCAUUCUAUGACAAAUGGUCCCGAAAUGAGAUCUGAAAUAUCUCAGCCACCUGUGGCAAGUAUUCUUGGGCUAUCAUCUUCAAGGACAGUCCUGCCUUCACAGAAACCUAGUUUGCUUGGGGCUCCUGGUAGACGAGAAUGUAUCAAUACUGAAUCUGACCCUGACAUGAAAAGAAGAUUCCUUAUUAUGAAGCAUGGUCAAGAUGUACGCAGUCAAAGCUCUGGUGAACCACCUCUUCUUUCUAGAUUUCCUCCACAGGUUUCAACAGCCUCAAUUCAACCACAGGGAGGCUGGUUGGUGGAAGAAGACAUGCACACACGAGCUUCUGGAUUUGAAUAUGAUGCAUUGAAAUCUGAUAAGCAGAGAGCUCACCAAGCUUUACUUGGUCAUGGUACACCCGCUUCCACUCCACCUGCAUUAUUGUCGCAUGGAUCUCAAGUGAAGGGUGAAGAGGCAUGUGUUGGACAUGAACGGAAAAAGCAAAAUCUUGUUGUUGCAACUCUGCCAUCCGAGGCUGGUUCAUUGACUCAAGCAUCUUCUAAUAGCAGAGAACUCCAAACUGAAGCUGGAAAACUGAACCUGCUGUCUUCGGCUUUAUCAAUCGAAGUGCUGCAAGAAAUUGGGAGGAGAUGUGGCUCAAAGGUUGAGUUCAAGUCUGUCGUAAGCACCAGCAAGGAUUUACAGUUCUCUGUUGAGGUUUUGUUCACUGGUGAGAGGAUAGGUGUUGGGAUGGGUAAGACGAGGAAAGAUGCUCAACAACAAGCUGCUGAGAAUGCCCUUCACAGCUUAGCUGAUAAAUAUACAGAAUAUGUUGGCCCUCGUUCUGGAGUCGUGGAUAGAGAUUUUGAUAAGCUCUCAAUCAGAAAUGAAAAUGGUUUUGUUUGGGAUGUUGUCAGCCAUGCAUCAGAAUUACAAGAAGAAGAUGAUUUGCCAAAAGAGAGUACUACUGAGGCUCAGGGAGCUGAAGUCGCAUUUGGAAGUACUUCGUCCAAUAUAGCAAAUCAAGUGCAAAAACGUGCCAAUUCUCCCAGAUCAGUACAAUCUAUUCCCAGCAAACGAUCAAAGGAAGAACUAUUGCAUGGUUCGCAGAGUCUUUCAUCCUGACAACGAACAGAAAAAAUGGUAAUUCUUGAUAGUUCGAGUAGGGUUGAUCGAAGCUGAGGCUGACGGAUUUUGAGCGGCGGAGCUCCUCCCACGAAUCUACAGCUGUCUGCAUAUUUUGUAUGAAUUGGGCUCCAAUUCACCUGGUCAAAGCCCCAAUAUUCCAUUUGAGGCGAUGAAAUCUCUUCUUUAAUGGCGUUCGUUCAUGAAGACGGGCAAUUCCUUUUUAAAAAAAUUUUUGCCCGUCUUUAUUGCUGAUUCGAUAUAGGGAGGCCUUUUUUGUAUUCUGCAGCCUUCGGCUUCUCAUGUACCCUUAUAGUUGAUAUUAUAAUGUUUAGCUUCGCCCAAAUCACCAGCGUUCAGUUUCCUUGCGUGUCCAUGCAUAUAAAAAAGAGGAUUCCCCUA